AUGCCCUCCCAGUCCACCAAGCAACCGCCGUCAUGGCUGGCGAACUGGAGGACGUUCCUCUUGAGGCUCCUCAUGAUCGAGUUCAACGUGCUCAAAGCCAUGCGCAAGCUUGUGAAGAUCGGUCUACGACCAAGAGCAUGGUUGAGCAGCACCGGAUUGGCCGACCUCAUGGAGAAGCAGCGACGAGAGUUGCACAGGCCAAGAGCACCCGCGAAGACAUGCACACACCCGGAGUUCAAGAGAUACGGGAAUGCUCACGGCCAGUUCUCCCAGUGCAAGCGCUGCGAUCAAAAGUUCCGGUGGAUCCCAGACCAAGAAGCCUGGGCAGUAUAUUCACCAAAAUCCUCCAGCUCGUCAGCACUGCCGCUGCCAUCCUCGGCCACGAUCCUGGCACCUACGGACAUCGCCAAGCCCAAGAGCAGACCGAGCAAGCACACGGCCUACAAGUCCAAGGCCAGGCCGAUGCGACCAUCAUCGGACGCCAUGUCAGUCCAGUCAGCAGGCAGUUCAGCCCUUCCCAUCACGUAUCGAAUGACGGAAGAGGAGAUCUUCGCCACAGGACUGACCAAGGAGGAGCUGGACGAGGCAAUGUACACGGGCAACCUCCACCUGUACGACUCCGACAAUCCGGACGGCUAUCCAUCGGACAUGGAGAGCUGGGAUUGGCCUAAGGUUGACAUCUUGGAGACCUUCGCAGGCCAAGCAGACAUCACCAACAGGAGCCCGAGCUUCCGGCUUACAGCAGCACAACCAGUCGACUACAAAACCGGCUGGGACUUGAACAACACCAGACACCAGGCAGACCUCGAGGACAUGCUUGACUCCCUCAGACCGCUCGUCCUCAUCCAAGGCAUCGACUGCCGAGAUUGGAGCAUACUUCAAGACAACACGAACUACAUCCGUCGCAAGAUCUUGCUCCUCGCUAAAGCACGUAAGCUCCUCAAGAAGGUCACAAGCUGGUGCCACAAACAAGCAGAAGCUGGAAGACUGUUUCUGCUGGAGAACCCAACGACCAGCAGACUUUGGCAAGAAGAAGCCAUCAAGAAGCUUGAAGGCUUACCCAAUGUGAGCUCCAUAACCUGUCAUGCAGGAGCCUAUGGUGCAGUGAACUCCCAGGGCCAGAUGAUCAGAAAAGGACACCGCUUCAUGGGCAAUUGUCCACAUGUGCUGAAGCGCUUGGGACGCCACCUGUCAGCAGAGGAGCAACGAAGAUGUGUUCCCCAGCACUAUCCACACCAGAUGGUGACAGAGAUCCCCAAAGGUGUGCAAGAUGAGGUCAGAGCACGCUUUCCUGACCGAUUCCAGCCAGGACCCAAGGUCUACCGCAGCUACAUGGAGACCUACUCAAUGGUCUCACAUGGAGCGAGUUCAGAUAGCACUACAACCAAUCAUGUGGCGCUUUCCUUGGCACGUGCCACACACACACACCGAGCUGCAGCCUUGCAGUACAAUGAUGGAGAGGUUCAGAUCAUCGAGGAGGACCUCAGUGAGCUCAGACAUCCCAAGGCAAGAUUCAAGAAGCCCGUCCAACUGGCCAUUUUCAUGUUUGGACAAGGCCAACCUGAUGCAGAACGUCCACGAGACCGGAUAUCGGCAUCACAUGAAGCAGCACAACCACCUCCAUCGGAGAACGAUCUGAGGAAACUGGUUCCACCACCACCUGGAGAUGAAAUCUCAUUUCCAUCUGAGCUCAAGAUCCCCGCCGAGAUAAAGAAUGCCAUACGGCGGAUGCACCAGAACUUGGGCCAUCCCAAACCAGCUGAGCUCAAGAAGCUCUUGGCUCUCAAUGGAGUCAACAACCAGGCCAUCUACACGGCCGUCGAACAUCUUCGCUGCAACUCCUGUGAGCGCACCAAAGGACCUUCCAGGCCAGACCUCGGCGCCAUUCCAGCUGAGGACGGAUGCUCGCAGUUCGGAGACAGGUUGCAGAUGGACAUAUUUUAUGUCAGAGAUGUGACUGGCCAAAACUUCAUGGUGUUGGGCAUCAUCGACGAAGUGACACACCUUCACCUCGCAGCCCUUCUCGACAACAGACAGCCGGAGACAGUCCUGACAGCCUUCAAUGACACCUGGGCUAAGGCCUUCGGAUACCCACUCCGGAUCAGACUUGAUCCUGAUGGCUCUUUCAGGUCCCACUUCGAGGACGGCCUUGACCAGGCCGGAGUCUUCAUCGACUACGUCCCCGCUGAGGCCCACAACAAGAUCGGCCUCAUCGAGAGGCACGAUGCCGUGUUCCGAUCAUUGAUGGAACGCAUCAUCGACCACAGAGCCAUCACAGGUCGAGAACAGAUGUACUACACCACAACAGCAGCAGCCUUCGCCAAGAACAGCUGCACAUGGUCCGCAGGCAGACCUCCCUAUGUGGCAGCCUUCAGCCGCAUACCACGCAUGGGCAUUGAGAGGGCACUCCUACGCAACACAGCAACAAGCAGCACCGACACACCUGAGGUCGGCAGCAUUGUGGCAUACUGGCGCUGGACAGCACGCAGCGGCAAAAAGCACGGCGGCUACAAGCUCGCCCGGCUUCUGGGACGAGAUCCUGACGGGAAGUCAAUGUGGCUUCAAGCUGGCACCAACACCGUCAGGGUGGCACCACACCAACUCCGUGUGGCCAGAGGCUUUGAAUGCUGGCAUCCGGACUACCAGCAGAUCAAGGACCUCCGAGCUGCCUCAGCAAACCUGCAUGACAACCAGUUGCAGGAUGAACGAGUUCCAGAACCACCAGAUGAUCCAGAUCAACCACUUGGCUUUGACGGCAUGGAUCCAGCAGAAGAGAUUCCGCCCUCGGCAGCUGAAGUCAUCGAUAUCGACAAUUUGCCUGACACGCCACAGCCAGCUGAGCAUUUGGAGCACGUGGUCCCGUCCACACCACCGGACCUAGCUCAAGACAACCGGCAGUCCUCUAAGAGGAGCAGUACCGAAAUGGCACCGCCACUGUCAGAGCAGGCACCACCAGCACCACUUGGCUACAAGGCGCCCUUGGCCAAGCACACUCAGCCACGGCAGAUUGGACAAAACACCUUCCACCUGAAAGGCUACAACCGCAUUGCAAAGGCGGCAACACAGGCAGAACCAAGCCUUCUGGUUUGGGCACGGCUCGACACAAACAGCAACAGCCUACAGACCACACACCUCUCGGGACCACCCAAGGGGCACAUCAAGCACCGGAGGGUCCUCACAUACCCUCAGGGCAGCAUCGUGUGGGACGCCCCAUACGAAGACGACCAGACAGGCCGUCGCAUUUCUCCAGAGUACACCACGCUUGUCACCGAGCUUUGGCAUGAACACUAUGCACCACAUCCACUGGACAGUCUGGAAGUCACACCAGACGGCAUCCAACAGCGAGAACAUCACCAUGAUGGCAGCGACCACAUCAGCAUGCCAUACUCGUGCCACACAGCAUUGCAUGCCUACCGCAAAGCACCAGGCUACAACGGCACCGGCGAGUCAAGUGACUCAGAAGCAUCGGCAGACGACAUGACCGCCGGGCACCGAGGCAACAGCAGCCUACCAACCACGGCAGCAGCACGCAGCCUCACCAGACAAGAACAGAAAGCCCUCGGCAAGGAAGUGCCUUGGCAGGCCAUUAAGUACGUCGAAUCUGCCAAAGCAGAAGAGGCAUCCUGGCAGCAGUUCGACUCAGUCAUUCCUUUGACUGUACAGGAGGCCAACAAGGUGCAUCAGGAUCCGAUUCUCCGUCGAAGGAUCCCCAAAGCAAGGGCCGCCUACAGAGACAACGCGAAGGGCCAAGGACCACUCAAGGCGAAGACCCGUGUUGUGGCCUUGGGUCACCUCGACCCGGAUCUGCAAGAGAUCUGCCGGGAAUCAGCGACUGCUAGCCUUCUUCAUCAGCGGCUUUAA